CGUUGGCAAAUGAAAUGGAAAAGGAUUAUCUCGAAUUAUCUAUCCAUCCAUAGAUAGAUAUGGCCUGAUAUCAAGCGCACCUACACAUAUGUGAUCCACACCAGAUGAAUUAUGGAACAUGUAAAUACCACAAAUGCAAGACUGCAGCACCAACAGCAACAGCAACAGCAACAUCAGCAGCAUCUUCAACUGCAGCAGCAUCAGUUCGAGCAGCAUCAACAACACAAUGAUAACCAACAGCAGUUCUGCCUCAGGUGGCACAAUCAUCAGACCAGUUUGCUGAGCACUCUGCCCGUGCUGCUGGACCAGUCGCAGCUGACGGAUGUGACCAUCUCGGCGGAGGGACGGCAGCUGCGUGCCCACCGGGUGGUGCUGAGUGCCUGCAGUAGCUUCUUCAUGGAGAUAUUCCGGGCCCUGGAGGCGAGCAAUCACCCGGUGAUCAUCAUACCCGGAGCCAGCUUCGGGGCCAUUGUGUCGCUGCUCACGUUCAUGUACUCCGGAGAGGUGAACGUGUACGAGGAGCAGAUACCGAUGCUCCUCAAUCUUGCAGAGACACUCGGCAUCAAGGGACUGGCGGAUGUCCAGAACAACAAUCUUCCCAAGACGGCAAAGGGCGGAGCCCACUCUUAUAUGGAGCCUCCGCACGAAAAGUCCUCGGAGUUCGAGCUUCAUGGCACACCCUCGCCGGCUCCAACCCCCACACACACGCCCACACCCACAUCCACCUCCACUCCGAGUCUGCCGCUGCCGCAGCAUGCCAGUCCCGCUCUGAGCACUCCGCUGCUGGCCAACAAACUGGGAUCGGUGGGUCCAGUGGCAGGUCCCAUGAUCGCCACCACCUCACCGUUGGAGAACCUCUUCAAGUCGCUGCAGUUCUAUCCGAGCCUGCUGCCGCAGCCACUGAACUUUUCGCAGACGGCACUGAACAAGACAACGGAGCUGCUGGCCAAGUACCAGCAGCAGUGCCAGCUGUACCAGAGCGGUUUGCAGGAGGAGGACGACUGCUUCGGCGCCAAGCGGCUGAAGGGUGACAGUCCGCCGAAGGAAGUCAAGCGGCAGGACAAGAUGGGGAAGAGCCUCAGGAACUCCGCCAGCAACAGCAACAAGAGCCCCACAGAGUGCUCGGUGCCCAAUCCCAUUGUGGCCACCUCACCCAUCACCCUGGCGCCCCCGGCCAUGGCGCACUUUUCGCCCCAGUUGCCGGUGGUCAAGUGCUCCUCCGCCAGCUACUCGAAUCCCCUAACUCCCAACCAGAUGUACAACACCAAGCCUCCGCUCUACAGUUGCGCUGUCACGCCCACCGCCGCCCAGCAGGCGGCCCAAAUGCACCACAGCCAGGCAGUCGCCUCCUCGCCCUACAUCUCGGCGGAGGACCACGCCAAGCUGCAGCUUCACAUCGAGCAGUAUCAGCGGGAGGCGGCCGCUGCCGCAGCCGCAGCAGCUACAGCCGGUGGCAUGGCUCUGGUCAGCGCCAAGUCGGAGCCGAAUCUACUCUCCCUGAGCGCCGAUCGCGAGAAGCAGCUGACCUCCGCCCCCAUCAAGCCGCCGUCCAACUCCAAGCUCUACGCCACCUGCUUCAUCUGCCACAAGCAGCUUAGCAACCAAUACAAUCUGCGUGUGCACCUCGAGACCCAUCAGAAUGUGCGGUACGCCUGCAAUGUCUGCUCACAUGUGUCCCGCAGCAAGGACGCUCUGCGGAAGCACGUCAGCUACCGCCAUCCUGGAGCGCCCUCGCCCUGCGAAAACGAGGCGCGACGCAAGCGUGUUGCUAAGCUGUCAACUGGCACGACCACUCCCACGCCCAGCCACACGAUGACCAGCGGCGAUAUUUUGGGAAGUGCAGGACAGGGACAAAGCCCGAGAGAAACUGUGUCCAGUCCGUACCUCUUUCUACCCAAUCAGUUUCAGAUGGCGGCAGCUGCAGCUGCCGUGGCUGAAUCCUCUUCAAAUGCUGGACCCUCCUCGGAUUUGGCUCAAGAGGCGCCGCCAGACAUCAAAAGCGAACGGGAGACGGCCGUGGCGAGCAAUGGAGAGCCGGGAUGUGGCGAUACGAGUGCGGUGGCGGGCACUUAGCUCUUGGUGGUGAAAAUGUUUUCUAAUUUCGAAUGUUGAACGGCUGAAAAUGCUGAGAUGCACAAAUGCACAGACACAAACACACUGACACUGGAAACACCCACACACACACAUGCAUAUACAUAUGGAACUCUUUAUCCCCCACCAACAAACAAAAAAGCAACAAAAACCAACGUCUUAGACCCGGCUGUGAUACUUAGCGCAAUUCGUUUUUUCGUCUUCUAUACACACACACAAACACACACGCACGCCCGCACACACAUACAUACACUCUUUAAUUUAUUUAUUAUUAUUUAUUCUUUUAGGCCAAAUCUUUAUUUUGUUGAGCUUACAGCGAGCCACCAGCGGGGCUCUCAAAUUAUAGAACUUUACGUUACCUUUCACUUUUGCUCUCUCUCCCUCCCUUACGCUCACGUACAUGAACACACUCUCGCACCUACACAUUCUAGUAAAUUAAGUGAAGUUUUUUAUAAAUAUUGUAAUUAUACA